AUGGCAGCACCAGUCCCUGGAACAACGACCCUGGCACUUCGUACGUCCAAGCGGCUUACAUGUCAGGCUCUACUGCAGCACUCGCAUCAUUACUGUGGACCAGUGUGGCAGCAAAAGCCGUACGACUGCGUGUACAUGCCUGCAUCAAAUUUAGCCAUCAUCAACUUCACAAGCCCUGAGGCGUGUUCAGCAACUUACCAGGUCUUGAACAUGUUGGCGGGUACACGCGGCAUUGUGGUCACAGAGGUGCGGCCGGCGCAGUACCAGGGCCUGGCUGAGAACCUGGCAGAGUUUGAAGCCAGUGCCUUCCAGCCCGACUCACGAAGACGGGCGCCUCAAGUCUUCAGCAAUGGGCAGCGAGUGUCUCUGCAAGCGGCGUGCCAGAAGUGCUUGACGCCCGAGCUCAGAGAAAAGCACCGCAUCCUGCGCCUCACUCGGAACCACGGGAGUCAGAAUAUCCUUGUGGACGCCUUCCGUUUCACAGAGGAUGCAGAGGGGCCGGUGGCAUCCUCGGAAACCGUAGCAGCUAGGACAGAUCUCCCUCCAGUCUCCGCAGAAUCGGGUAGACAAACGAGCUUCGGAAGUUUGGAGGGGACAAGCGACCUGAAUGUCCUUGAAGACACGCAUUGUUACAGUGGCUAUGCAGCUGACGCGUGGCCCGUGGGCCCUCUGCAUGAGCAGCACGCGCUGCGCGACCGCGAGUGCGAGCUGCUGCGCCGGCUCCCUUUGGCUGGCUGGUGGCCCAGCAGCCUCGCUGCAAUCCAGGGCAGCGUUCGGGGUUGA